AUGAGUGCUGCUGUUCCUAAGUUUUUGUACUUGGUUCUACUUCUGUGGGGAACUUUUUGUGCUUCGAUGAGUGGUGUUAGUCAUGGCAUGUAUGUUGAUGGUAGAAAUUAUGCUGAUAAUUAUUGCUCGUAUACAAGUUGGAGGGGUUGCGGCAGUUUCUUUGGAAAAGGCGGUAGCGAUUCUAAGAACGAUGAACAAAAUGUACAAGUUGGUAGGGGUUAUGGACAAGGUGGAGGUGGUGGUGGUGGUGGUGGUGGAGGUGAGGGUGGAGGUGUUGGUGAAACUGGUGUAGGCUAUGGUCAUGGUAGUGGAUUUGGUGCUGGGGCGGGGCUAAUGGAGGACAGGGGGGUGGGGGAGGAGGAGGUGGCGGUGAAGGGGAAGGAGUUGGAAAUGAAGGACAAGGACGUGGCAGUGGUUUUGGCUCAGGUGGAGGAGUGGGAGGCAUAG